UCAAACUCAACACGAAGAAGAAGCUAUUCUCCUUUUGAAACAUGUGGGGGGGGUGUUUUUUCGUUUGUUUUGUUUUUUCAGAUUGUAUAAAAUAACUUUUUAUUUGAUUUUUUUUAAAUUGAGAAUGCCACUGGAGUACACAAGUCAGGUGAGUUUCUGAUGUUUCUGAUAGAGAGAAGAAAUGCUACUGCUUAGUCCUCGACUCAAACGUUAUUUGGGAUGCCAGCACGGCGGAGUUACAGACUCCCUGCUCUAUCGGUGCUGACUGGGCGGAUAUUUUUCCGGUGUAACGUUAGAGCUGGAAAUAGACGGUCCCGGUUGAUUGUAAUAGUAGGUGAGGUGGCUAAAAAUAUAAUAACAGCACAUUUACAUUUGUAGCUAACAGUUGUAAGAACAUCGUAACAAAUGUUGACCAACUCUACACUGUAAUUGAACUAGAUAGCUAACUUAACUAUUUAACUGCAUGCUACUCAUACUUGCUAAAUUCUCUUCGUGUAUUUAACACAAAUAACAAACAUGAGAUAUGAUAGAAAUAAGUUAAAUAACAUUGCCAGACAAGUAGCAAGUCAAACAAACAAAACGACCCAACAUCUAGUGUUAUAGAGCCAACCUGGGACUUAGGAUCGGUCAGGACCACCCACACCGGGGGCCAACACCAUCCCAGUGGCCUGUAGCGUACUCUAGGUAGACGGGACGGACGGGCACCAGAACCUCUGGGAUGAUACGGAAGAGCAGCAGUGGUACUGGAGGAGGAGGAGGAGGAGAAGAAGAAGAAGGGAAUAAUAAAAAACACCAACAGAACAAACAGCAUCGCGCCAGCAUCACCACCCAGGGCCCGUCUCGUCUCUCCAACAUGGGCCGGAGCUCCAGGACCACCAACCCACUGGGGAGUGUGGGUCCUGGGUCCACCGUGGUAGGAGCGCCCGGGGUAGAUCCGGACUAUGUGAUGCAGCUGGUGAAUGACGUACGGAGGUUUUCCGAUAUGCUGCUCAGCCUUAAAGAAGCCUUCCGUUCUGAAGAAAGCCACGAGGGACUCCCUCAGCGGGUACAGGAACGGUUGAGCGAGCUGCUCCGUGUUCUCAAGUCUGUCAUCGGCAAACACCAGACCCUCAACUCUGUAGACAUCCUCAGGGCUGCCGGCACCGUCAUCACUAAGGUCAAAGGCAUUAACUUCACGGAAGUGAACCAAGAACAGAACAAGGUUAUAUUCUGCGAGAUAUACGCCUCCAUUGACAGUUUGGCAUUCACAUUUGGCAAUGUAGUGUCUGACUUCCUUAUGGGAGAUGUGGACAGCCAAUCAGGGUUGGGGAUCCCCCAGACCAGAAGAAGCAGGUCUUUUGAGAACCUCUCUGGGGAUUCUGGGGCGUAUGUUCCAGAGAAGAAAGGACUUGUGGGCCCAGAGGUGGCGCUGUCUAAAGAGGAGGAGGUUGACGUGAUCCUGCAGAAGAACGACAGCGGGGUGGAGUCAGCUCUGCUCUAUGCCAAGGCCUGGUCCAAGUACACCAAGGAUCUGCUGGCCUGGGUCGACAAACGCCUGGGACUGGACAUUGAAUGUGCCAAAAGUUAUGCCAAAAUGGCAGAAUCUGCAAAGACGCUCGCAAGUCAACAGGACUACAUGCCAUUCAGAGAUAUCUAUAUUUCUACGUUUAAGAAUGACAUUGAGUAUAGCCAACUCCUCCUGCAGACUGCCACUGCCCUGCAGACCAACAAAUUCAUACAGCCGCUGUUGUCCAGAAAGACUGAGUUGGACAAACUGAGGAAAGACAUCAAGGAGCAGUGGCAGAGAGAACAGAAGAAAAUGCAAGAGUCCGAGGCGGCUCUGCGUAAGGCUCGGUGGACCCAGGUCCAGAGGAGAGACGAGUACCACAAGGCCCAGUCCUCAGCCAGCCGCUCCCAGGAGGAACAGUCCAAACAGCUGGACAAGAAGAGGAAACUGGAAGAGGAGGCUCUUCAGAAGGCUGAGGAUGCCAGAGACCAGUACAGAGUGUGUGUAACUGAUGCAGGGGCCAGGAGGGCAGAGCUGGCCAGCACCAAGACAGACAUCCUCACUCAGAUCAGAGAACUGGUGACUCAGUGUGACCUCACACUCAAAGCUGUGACAGUCAACUGGCUCCAGCUGCAGCAGGCCCAGACCGUGUCUCUACCCGGCCACUACCAGGCCCUGUGUGAAAACGCGAAGAUGUACGAGCCUGGACAGAGAUAUGCCGAGUUUGUCAGAAAUCUUCCCAAAGAUCAGAUACACAUGGAGUCCUUCUCCGUUGAUGAACGGUUUUCUGUGUUCAACAAGCGUUCAACGGGAAGCACCAGUUCCCAUAGUAACCUGUCCCAGGUGUCCCUCAUCUCCGGUGACGUCCUGAGUGGCGACGAGGUGGAUAGUCCUCUGGGGUCACGACCUGGAGAAAGGUCCAACAGCACCACGGACACACAAGGUCUGAGAGGGGGACAGGGCCCGUUGAGAGCCUGGGCAUCAAGUGUCCAGGACAGGGGGAUGUGUAGUGACUCAGAGAGUGCUGGCGGCAGCAGUGAGUCACAAUCCAUGGACUCCCCCACAGCGAGCCCAGGUGACUUUAAACGCAGACUACCCAGAACCCCCUCCACUGGCACUAUGUCCUCGGCAGACGACCUCGAUGAGAGACAGCCACCUUCACCCUCAGACAAUGGUCUGGGUGAGAUGGUGACAGAGACGGCCAGUUCCCCAGGUCCGUUUCGUAACGCCCAGAUGUCCAAGGCGUCUCAGACACACAAGCUGAGGAAACUCAGAGCUCCGUCUAAAUGCAGGGAGUGUGACAGUCUGGUGGUGUUCCACGGAGCAGAAUGUGAAGAGUGCUCCCUGGCCUGUCAUAAGAAGUGUCUGGAGACUCUGGCCAUCCAGUGUGGUCAUAAGAAACUGCAGGGACGACUACAGCUGUUUGGGAUAGACUUCACCCAGGCAGCGAAGAACAGCCCAGAUGGGAUCCCCUUCAUCAUCAGGAAGUGUACCUCUGAGAUAGAGAACAGAGCGCUCAACCUCAAGGGAAUCUACCGUGUGAACGGGGCUAAGUCUCGUGUGGAGAAGCUGUGUCAGGCGUUUGAGAACGGCAAAGACCUGGUAGAGCUCUCUGACCUCUCACCCCACGACAUCGCCAACGUGCUCAAACUCUACUUGAGACAGUUACCAGAGCCGUUGAUCCUGUACCGCUACUAUAAUGACUUCAUCGGAUUGGCCAAGGAGAGCCAGAGGGUGAUCAUCGAAGAGAAGGCUGUAGCCAGGGUCCUCCAGGAACAGGGGAGGCCAGGGGGUGAACAACCCCGAUCAGGAGGCACCCAGCCUGGGGUAGAGGGAGAGCAGCCUCCCCUGACGACCAGCCAACCUGGAGGAGAGCUGCCCAAACAGCCCAGUAUCAAACUCAAUAGAGUCAUCUUUAAGAUUAGAGACCUGUUACGACAGCUUCCUCCUGCACACUACAGGACCCUCCGCUUCCUCACGGCACACCUACAUAGGGUGACGGAGCAGGCAGAGGAGAACAAGAUGACAGCCAGUAAUCUGGGCAUUAUCUUUGGCCCUACGCUGGUCAAACCCCGACAGACUGACGCAGAGGUCUCACUGUCUUCUCUGGUCGACUACCCCUACCAGGCUCUGAUGGUGGAGCUGCUGGUACGUCACUUCCAGGUGAUCUUUGACUUGUCCAGCCCCUCUUCCUACCCCCCCACCACCACCUCCACUGUGGGCCAGUCCUCCCCCCAACUCACCCCUCAGGAGAAGGAGCAGAGACUCAGCCCCUCCUCCUACCCCCCCACCACCACCACCUCCACGGUGGGCCAGUCCUCCCCCCGACUCACCCCUCAGGAGAAGGAGCAGAGACUCAGCCGCCACUCCACCUCCCUGCUCGACAUGAAGGAGAGUGCCAAAGUCGACAAGAGGCACUCGUCAGUCAUCCAGUCCUCUCAAACCCUGGAUGAUGUGAGGGAGGUGAAGACAGACAGGACAGGACCAGACAGGAGAGAGUUAACAGCCGGCUCCUCCUCCUCUGCUGCCGGCUCCUCCUCCUCUGCUGCUGGCUCCUCCUCCUCCUCCUCUGCUGCUGGCUCUGCCUCGGUUCAGAGAUCUACCCUGGUGUUUGGCCGUCCCAGCCUCAACCUCUCCUCCUCUGCUACGGCCCCGAAGGUCCAGCUCCGGCCCCAGCGUGCUAGAAUCCUGUCUCGACCAAUCAGCAUGCCCCUGGAACGCUUGCCCCUCCCCACCCCUUCACAGGUGCUCGACAGAAACAGCCGUAACAACAACGCUGCAAUCACGAUGGAUCCCACCGCUAACACCAUCGUGGAGUCAGCCGAGCCGGAGAAGCCUCGGAUUGGUGGGGGGUCAAGGGUCAGUACCUAUUACAUCGACACCCAGCAGGCCGUGCAGCGGAGGCCCUGGGACAGGAAGUACAAACACUACGACGUCACGCCACGCACCGCCAUGAUCAUGGCUAACUUACCGCCGGCCGGUACUAACCCUGGCCCAAAACCGGGGAAACAGCCAACGAUGCCGACACAACUGCCCGUGUCUGGGCCAACCAGCUCUGCUCUCCCAUCCAAUAGUAGUUUCAGCACUAUAUUCCCCUACAGCCCAUACACAGUGUCGCUGAAGGCUGGCCAGGCGUCCACAAGAGACAGAGAGGAGACUAAGGACAGGUCUGCUGCUGGAGGUGGUGGGGAGACCAGAACAUCUACCAACUCCCCCAUAAAGUUCAGACAACCAAGGAUUCUGCAGCCUCCACCCGGAACCUUCUAUAAGCCUUCUGGUUAUUCAGGCGCCAGAGGCUGGCCAUCAUUAAGUACCUCUGGGACCACUAGCCUCACCAAAAUGUCCCCAACUUGUCCUACUGUUAAAGCCUCUUCCCAGACUUCUCCUACAGUUAAAACCUCUUCCCAGACUUCUCCUACAGUUAAAACCUCUUCCCAGACUUCUCCUACAGUUAAAACCUCUUCCCAGACUUCUCCUACAGUUAAAACCUCUUCCCAGACUUCUCCUACAGUUAAAACCUCUUCCCAGACUUCUCCUACUGUUAAAACCUCUUUCCAGACAUCUCCUACUGUUAAAACCUCUUCCCAGACUUCUCCUACAGUUAAAACCUCUUCCCAGACUUCUCCUACUGUUAAAACCUCUUCCCAGACUUCUCCUACUGUUAAAACCUCUUCCCAGACUUCUCCUACAGUUAAAACCUCUUCCCAGACAUCUCCUACUGUUAAAACCUUCCCAACCUCCCCUACUGUCACUGCUCCUCUCCCCCUCUCUUCCUCCCAAUCCUCCAGCAUGACUUUCUCCUCUUCUCCUAUGGUUACCACCACUACCCCAUCCCCUACUGCCACAUACAUCCUUCAAACCUCACACCUCCCCACACACACCCUACAGGACUCUGUGGACAGCUCUGUUAGUGUUGACCCCGAGGUCACGACCUCCGCCGACCUUUCCCCCCGCCAGUCCCCUCCCCCCAGCAGCCCGGAGGACCCCAGCCCGCCCGAGGUCGUCCCGCUGCAACAAAGACUGAGACCCCGGCCCAGACCCGGCGCUCGCCUGCAGGAGUUAGAACACAGAGAGGCCCAUUUUGUCUGAACCGUAAGAGUAGACUUCAGUAGUCUGAUAUCAUCACACACAGACAGGGCCACUUCCUGCUUACAAAAAGACUACUGGUAUGUCUUUAUGAAUAGGGAGGGCAUCGCUUGGGAAGAACCAAUGGUGGAACUGUUGGGAGAUACAGUGCCCUUGCGAAAGUAUUCGGCCCCCUUGAACUUUGCGACCUUUUGCCACAUUUCAGGCUUCAAACAUAAAGAUAUAAAACUGUAUUUUUUGUGAAGAAUCAACAACAAGUGGGACACAAUCAUGAAGUGGAACGACAUUUAUUGGAUAUUUCAAACUUUUUUAACAAAUCAAAAAACGGAAAAAUUGGGCGUGCAAAAUGGGCCGUAUACUUCCUCAAGGCAAUGUAUUUGGGAGAACGUUGAUGUCUGUAAGCUGGAAGUUGUCCCCACUGUGUAUGAUGAUGUCAUACUGCUGUCUACCUUUGAAGCCAGAUAUAUUUUGUCUGUGUGUGUGUACAGUGUGUGUGUACAGUGUGUACAGUGUGUGUACAGUGUGCAGUGUGUGUGUGUACAGUGUGCAGUGUGUGUGUGUACAGUGUGCAGUGUGUGUGCGUACGGUGUGUGCAGUGUGUGUACAGUGUACAGUGUGUGUACAGUGUGUGUGUGUGUGUGUACAGUGUGUGUGUGUAAAUAUGUUGUUACUGUGUAUCUCUGUACCAUAUUAUAUAUUGGGGGGGAACAGGACUAUUAUAUUGACGCCAAGACAAGAUGUGUGAAAGGAACCCACUGAACGUGUUACAUUACACGUGUUUCAUAUAUUCUAUGUUUACAGUCCUUACAAACAGAAGCAUGAUCUGUGAACAGUCGCUCCCUAGACAUUUGGAACAAGCAUUUAGUUAUUAGUUAUUCAAUCUAUUGCAGAUACAGGAUUUCCAGAUAGCAGCGGAAAAACUUUUAUAUCAAAGGUUAAUUUUCACGUGCAGCUGUCCAUUUCUGUGUGCCAGUGUCAACUCCAUCCAUUUAUUUGCUGCUAUGCAAAUCAAAUGCACUUCUCAAACCGCUAUCCAGAAACCCACUAUCUGCAAUGAAUUGAAUCCUGUAUAAGUUACUGUGUGAUGUCUGUCCUGGUCAAUACUACCUGUUACAUCUCAUGGUCAACACUGCCUGUUUUUGUUACAAAUAGGAUCUAUCUGCCAUUACUGCCAUGUCAUCAAUAGAUUCUACCUGCCAUCAAUAGAUUCUAUCUGCCAAUACUGCCAUGUUAUCAAUAGAUUAUAUCUGCCAAUACUGCCAUGUCAUCAAUAGAUUCUAUCUGCCAAUACUGCCAUGUUAUCAAUAGAUUAUAUCUGCCAUUACUGCCAUGUCAUCAAUAGAUUCUACCUGUCAUUACUGCCAUGUCAUCAAUAGAUUCUACCUGUCAUCAAUAGAUUCUACCUGUCAUCAAUAGAUUCUACCUGUCAUCAAUAGAUUCUAUCUGUCAUCAAUAGAUUCUACCUGUCAUCAAUAGAUUCUCUGUCAUCAAUAGAUUCUACCUGCCAUUACUGCCAUGCCAUCAAUAGAUUCUACCUGCCAUUACUGCCAUGUCAUCAAUAGUUUCUACCUGUCAUUACUGCCAUGUCAUCAAUAGAUUCUACCUGUCAUUACUGCCAUGUCAUCAAUAGAUUCUACCUGCCAUUACUGCCAUGUCAUCAAUAGAUUCUACCUGUCAUCUAUAGAUUAUACCUGCCAUUACUGCCAUGUCAUCAAUAGAUUCUACCUGCCAUUACUGCCAUGUCAUCUAUAGAUUCUAUCUGCCAUCAAUAGAUUCUACCUGCCAUUACUGCCAUGUCAUCAAUAGAUUCUACCUGCCAUUACUGCCAUGUUAUCAAUAGAUUCUACCUGUCAUUACUGCCAUGUUAUCAAUAGAUUGUAUCUGCCAUCAAUAGAUUCUACCUGCCAUUACUGCCAUGUUAUCAAUAGAUUGCAUCUGCCAUCAAUAGAUUCUACCUGCCAUUACUGCCAUGUCAUCAAUAGAUUCUAUCUGCCAUUACUGCCAUGUCAUCAAUAGAUUCUACCUGCCAUUACUGCCAUGUCAUCAAUAGAUUCUACCUGCCAUUACUGCCAUGUCAUCAAUAGAUUCUACCUGCCAUUACUGCCAUGUCAUCAAUAGAUUCUACCUGCCAUUACUGCCAUGUCAUCUAUAGAUUCUACCUGCCAUUACUGCCAUGUCAUCUAUAGAUUCUACCUGUCAUUACUGCCAUGUCAGCAAUAGAUUCUACCUGUCAUUACUGCCAUGUCAUCAAUAGAUUCUACCUGCCAUUACUGCCAUGUCAUCUAUAGAUUCUACCUGCCAUUACUGCCAUGUCAUCAAUAGAUUCUACCUGCCAUUACUGCCAUGUCAUCAAUAGAUUCUACCUGCCAUCAAUAGAUUCUAUCUGCCAUCAAUAGAUUCUACCUGCCAUUACUGCCAUGUCAUCAAUAGAUUCUACCUGCCAUUACUGCCAUGUCAUCAAUAGAUUCUACCUGUCAUCAAUAGAUUCUAUCUGUCAUCAAUAGAUUCUACCUGCCAUUACUGCCAUGUCAUCUAUAGAUUCUACCUGCCAUUACUGCCAUGUCAUCAAUAGAUUCUACCUGCCAUUACUGCCAUGUCAUCAAUAGAUUCUACCUGCCAUCAAUAGAUUCUACCUGCCAUUACUGCCAUGUCAUCAAUAGAUUCUACCUGCCAUUACUGCCAUGUCAUCAAUAGAUUCUACCUGUCAUCAAUAGAUUCUAUCUGCCAUCAAUAGAUUCUACCUGCCAUUACUGCCAUGUCAUCAAUAGAUUCUAUCUGCCAUCAAUAGAUUCUACCUGCCAUUACUGCCAUGUCAUCAAUAGAUUCUACCUGCCAUUACUGCCAUGUCAUCAAUAGAUUCUACCUGCCAUUACUGCCAUGUCAUCAAUAGAUUCUAUCUGUCAUCAAUAGAUUCUAUCUGCCAUCAAUAGAUUCUACCUGCCAUUACUGCCAUGUCAUCUAUAGAUUCUACCUGCCAUUACUGCCAUGUCAUCAAUAGAUUCUACCUGCCAUUACUGCCAUGUCAUCAAUAGAUUCUACCUGCCAUUACUGCCAUGUCAUCAAUAGAUUCUACCUGUCAUCUAUAGAUUCUAUCUGCCAUCAAUAGAUUCUAUCUGUCAUCAAUAGAUUCUACCUGCCAUUACUGCCAUGUCAUCAAUAGAUUCUAUCUGCCAUUACUGCCAUGUCAUCAAUAGAUUCUACCUGUCAUCAAUAGAUUCUACCUGCCAUUACUGCCAUGUCAUCAAUAGAUUCUAUCUGUCAUCAAUAGAUUCUAUCUGCCAUCAAUAGAUUCUACCUGCCAUUACUGCCAUGUCAUCAAUAGAUUCUAUCUGUCAUCAAUAGAUUCUAUCUGUCAUCAAUAGAUUCUACCUGCCAUUACUGCCAUGUCAUCAAUAGAUUCUACCUGUCAUCAAUAGAUUCUAUCUGUCAUCAAUAGAUUCUACCUGCCAUUACUGCCAUGUCAUCAAUAGAUUCUAUCUGUCAUCAAUAGAUUCUAUCUGCCAUCAAUAGAUUCUACCUGCCAUUACUGCCAUGUCAUCAAUAGAUUCUACCUGUCAUCAAUAGAUUCUAUCUGUCAUCAAUAGAUUCUACCUGCCAUUACUGCCAUGUCAUCAAUAGAUUCUACCUGCCAUUACUGCCAUGUCAUCAAUAGAUUCUACCUGCCAUUACUGCCAUGUCAUCAAUAGAUUCUACCUGCCAUUUCUGCCAUGUCAUCAAUAGAUUCUACCUGCCAUUACUGCCAUGUCAUCUAUAGAUUCAACCUGCCAUUACUGCCAUGUCAUCUAUAGAUUCAACCUGCCAUUACUGCCAUGUCAUCUAUAGAUUCAACCUGCCAUUACUGCCAUGUCAGCAAUAGAUUCUACCUGCCAUUACUGCCAUGUCAGCAAUAGAUUCUACCUGCCAUUACUGCCAUGUCAGCAAUAGAUUCUACCUGUCAUCUAUAGAUUCUAUCUGUCAUCAAUAGAUUCUAUCUGCCAUCAAUAGAUUCUAUCUGCCAAUACUGCCAUGUCAGCAAUAGAUUCUAUCUGUCAUCAAUAGAUUCUAUCUGCCAUCAAUAGAUUCUAUCUGCCAUCAAUAGAUUCUAUCUGCCAUCAAUAGAUUCUAUCUGCCAAUACUGCCAUGUCAUCAUAAAUUGGAACAUUUUUGGGAGUUCCAAAAUUGAGCUGGAAUGAAGUUACACUUCUCAAAAUUAUCAUAGCAUCAAGUCCUUGUCUUAAUGUUACAGAGAAGCAUUUCAUUUGUUUUGUUGGGAGUUAAAUACCUGUUAUUAUAUGUUAGUAUUUACUUGUCCAUUUACACAGUACAUGAAAUGUUCUACUUUGUUCCUGUAUUGUAUGUCAUGUGAUUUGAUUCCAGCUACAUUAAUUAAGCACUUACUUCAUUCAGGUCAAAUGUUUUUAUGUUUUCCAAACGUUGUUUAAACAUGUAUGUCAUCGCAAUACAUUCCACAGAGAAGAGAUGGAAGCAUUUUAUUAAGUUUCAACAUUUAAAAAAAUAUAUAAUAAUAAUAAUUCACCCAUAUUGCUGUUCGGAUUAUAAUAAUCUAAAUCGUAUGUAUCUAUAUCUGUUUUAUUUUAAUUUUAAAUAUGUGACAUAUAAACUGCAAGGUUUUGUUUCAGUAAAUUGUUUGUAACUACAAAAAAAGACCAAAUGCAAAAAAUGUCUUGCAUUAAAUUAAAGUAUAGUUGACAGUU